AUGCUCGCAAGAACAGCGCUGCGUCGCGGCCUGCGAUUGGCCGCUACUUCCACAGCCAGCAAAGCAGGCUCGUCGUCGACCCAGCUCUUCAAGCGGACCUAUGUGCAGCAGUCCUCCUCCAUCCCCAUCGUGAUGGGAAGCUCAUCAACAUCACUUCGAAGCUUCGCAACGACACCACGACGACAGGCGACCGAGAUCAAGCCGUACCUCCUUGCCGACGUCGGCGAGGGCAUCACUGAGUGCGAGAUCAUUAAGUGGUUUGUGCAGCCGGGCGCGGUGGUGCAGGAGUUCGACCCCAUUUGCGAGGUCCAGUCGGACAAAGCGAGCGUAGAAAUCACGUCGAGGUAUGCGGGCAGGAUCAAGCGGUUGAUGCACAAGGAGGGGGAUGUUGCGAAAGUCGGGCAUCCGCUGUGCGAGAUCGAGAUGGAGUCGGAUGGUACAGGUGCGGAGGCGAGCGAGGGGGUACAGGAGGAGCAGGAGGAGGUACAGAUCACAGACGUGUCGAAAGACUCGGAGUUCAAGGCAGUGAAUAUGGAAGGCUUCGUCUCGGCUGAGCACAAGCACUCCAAUGGCGGAGGCAGUCAUGCUGUCGGGAACGGCAAGGACGUCUUGGCGACUCCAGCGGUCAGGAGGGUAUCGAGAGAACACAACGUAGACUUGGCACAGGUACGAGGCACAGGCCGCGACGGCAGGAUCACCAAGGAAGACGUGCUGAACCACAUCCAAAACGGGUCCUUGUCCGCCUCACCCUCGGCUUCUGCCGCCUCCUCGAGCAGCGUCUCUUCCUCCACCUCCUCUGCGGCGCCCGGCACGACCGAAGUCAUCGACCUGACGCCCGUCCAGCGAGCCAUGUUCAAAGCCAUGACGGCCACGCUCUCCACGCCUCACUUCGCCUACUCGGACGAGAUCGAUGUCACCGACUUGGACAAGGUCCGCGUCUUGCUCUCGAAAUCCAUCCCCGAACGCUACACCGACGCAGGCGAUGCAUCCUUCACCAAGCUCACGCUCCUCCCCUUGCUGGUCAAAGCAAUGAGCCUUGCGCUGCACGACCAUCCGAUGUUCCGCUCGACGCUCAAUAGCGAACAGAAGCUCGUGCGUCGCUCGUCGCACGACAUCUCGAUCGCGCUUACGAGCAAGGUCGGGCUCCUCACGCCCUGCAUCACCGAUGUCGCGUCCAAGUCGAUCUACGACCUGUCGGGGUCCAUUACGCGGCUGCAGACCGUCGCUGGCUCGUCGAAAGGGUUGUCGCCCGCCGAUCUCAAGACGUCAGGCACCAUCACGCUGAGCAACGUCGGCGCAGUGGGAGGCGGGACGUACACCCAUCCUCUGUUGCCGCCAACCGGUCAGCUAGCGAUUGGCGCGCUGGGCAGGAGCAGGAUCUUGCCCCGCUUCGCGUCCGAGAUUCCUUCGCUGGGCGUCUCGGACCCGGACAAGAUCGUCCGAAGGCUCAUCAUGUCCGUCUCGUUCACGGGCGAUCAUAGGGUCGUAGAGGGUGCGGAUCUUGCGAGACUCGUCAACAGAUGGAAGCAGCUCGUCGAGAAUCCGUCGCUCUGGCUCGGUCUCUUAGCAUAG